AUGUUAAAUAAAGCUUCAAUAAAUGAUGAUGGUGACCAUAAUCAACAGCAUCAACAACAACAACAAUAUGUCGUCAUAGGUGAUAUACUUCUUCAUUCGGAUUCAAAAACAGCAAUCAUUCAAGUUGUUAUUCAUUCAUUAAAAACAUCGUCGUCAUUAACAUCUGAUAAACCAAUUAUUCAACGACAAUCAGCAAAUUCUUCUGGAAUAAAUAAUUCUCAAGCAAUAGUUUCAUGUGAUUUAAAAAAUAUACCACCUAUUAAAGUAACUGAGGAACAAGUCAAAUCACGAUCAUCAAAAAAACUUGUACGUAUACAAAAAGCUGGUAUGGCAUUAGUUAAAGAUUUCAAAUCAAAAGUCAUUCAUACAAAUCAAUCUGAACCAAAAACAACAAAUACUAAGAAUACGAAUUCUGAUACCGAACAAACUUAUUUCUAG